CCAUCCCCGCCGAAAGAAACGACAGUACGGCACCGUCCGUCAACACUGAUAGAUACCGAUCGGUCAUCGGUCUGAUCCACCACCUUCCGGAAACCUCCUGCACCAAGUUGCGUCGGUGCUCUCCCUCCUCCCACCUAUCCCCGUCUCCAAUCCCCAACCACCAGGCCGACCGCGUGCGUGCUCUGUCGUGCAAACCAUGGAGCAGCGGAGCAAGAAUCCGGAUCAGCUCCCGCUCCCCUGCGCCAGCGGCUGCGGCUUCUUCGGCUCCCCGGACACUGGCGGCCUCUGCUCCAAGUGCUUCCGCGACAGCCUCCGCCGCGCCGAGGCCCAGGCCCAGCUGCAGGCGUCCGCGGAGCCCCAAGCGGCGGCGGCGACGUCCAAGGAGGCGGAGGAGGAGGGGGCGAGGAGGGCAAAGGCAAGGGGCAGGUGCGCGUCGUGCGGGAGGAAGGUGGGCCUGAUGGGGUUCGAGUGCCGGUGCGGCGGCGUGUUCUGCGGCGAGCACCGCUACUCGGACCGGCACGACUGCUGCUACGACUACAGGGGCGCCGGCCGCGACGCCAUCUCCCAGGCCAACCCCGUCGUCAGGGCUGACAAGGUCGACAAGUUCUGAGCUCUUAUUAAGUUUGGGUUCCCUCGGCUCCAAUUAUGGAUCGAUGGUGUGGUACGUGUCAUCGAUGGCUUGUACUCCUGAAUUCCGGAUACAGAAUCCAAAUGGACGAUUCUGUCAUUCUGUGUUUGUUUCUUUCGCUUGUACUCCGUACUACAUAUGUUGCAUUUCCCCGUCUUCUUUUUGUUUUUGUUUAGCUGUGUCACUCUGUAUGAUACUCGUUCCACUGUUCCACAAGAUCGUGUGAUCUUGGCAUGCAUGGUACUAUCACUGAAGAUGGUUAUUCAGUUAGUUUGAACUA